GGUAUUAUUGUUUCCGGGUCCGGGAUUACGACGAGAAGCCUCUGAGUCGUGUUAACAACAAGGUGCGGCAUGAGGAAGCGAAUGUAGCGUUCAACGAUCACUCUUAAGUAAAAAGUCAACAGAGAUGUACGCAGUAAAGUUAAUAUGUCUGUGUAUAUGUGCAGUGUAUUGUGCUGAGGCCCAGUCCUCCACUUCCAGCAGUACUUCUACAACCAGUACCACGACCAGAAGUAGUACAACUACAAGGCCGUUCUCACCCGUGUCUCCAUCGACAACUUUUAAUCCUCCACAGGCAUGGACCAAAGAAGAAUUCCCUAAUCCAAGAUUUGAUGUCUACAAGUGUGGAAGAAAUGGGGUGAGAUCGUGGGUCUGUGAUCCGAAUAACAUACUGAAGAUCUACGAAGGUGACCAGCUUGAUGUUAAGCUGGAUCGUAUUCGUAUUGACACACCGUGCCCGUGUGGUUACUGCCCGACAGAUCGAAGUGGAUACCAAGUUGCUAUAGCUGUAGUUCCGAAACUCGCUCUACCGGCUGGAGUUCCUGACACGUCAAAUGAGAUACAGAUUGCCAUUGAAAAGUUCGCCGAUUAUCUACGUAUCACCUCCUGGGGUUAUGGCUACUGCCAAGACAGCGUAGUUAUAGUACUGUCUACCCAACACAGAAAAAUAUGGACUUCUACUGGACCAAAAGCACGUCUCAAACUGACCAAUAACUGUAUCAACAAGGUGACGCAAGAAGUGAAAUCGUACUUCAGCGAUGGUCGGUGGGCUUCUGGACUGAACGCCAUGGUUUCUUCUUAUCGGGACGUCUUCUUAGGUCGCUUCAGCUGCGAUUCUACUGGCGAGGAGAGCGGGGGGAUGAUAGCAGGGAUAAUCAUUGGAGUCAUAGUGUUCUUCGGCAUUUGUUUUGUCGCCAUCUUCUGUUUCGUCCGAGGCGCCUGUUGUGGUGGAUUCGGCGGUGGUGGAGGCUGGGGAGGAAGUCAUUACCAUCAUCACCACCACGGCGGCUCCAGCUGGGGAGGUGGCGGUGGUGGUGGUGGUGGUGGUGGCGGUGGCGGGUAUUCUGGCGGAGACGGAGGUGGUGGCGGAGGGGGAGAUUUCUAGAGACCGUGUGUUAUAUGUUUUGUUUCUUGAAUGUCUUUGCAAACAAUUUUGCAUUUUUGAAAUUCUCCUUUACCCUUUACUAGGGUCAAAUAUUUAUUUUUCACUGGAUAAUGACAGAUAUGUCUCUUGUAAAAUGACGGGACUUUGCGUCAGAGAAAAGAGCACAUAAUAAAAUAUGCGGCCCUAGUACAGGGUACGUAAUAGAUACGAUUUGGCACUUAUUUUGUUAAUGUGCCUCAGAAUGAAAUCAGGCAUUUUUCAGCCCUUAAAAUCCUCAUCCAAAUAUGUAGAAUUAAUUAAAAGCAUUGUAAUAUGUAGCGGUCAAUUGUUUUAAUGACAUUUUAAGUAGUGCCUUGGUUAUUUUUUAUUAUUUAUUUAUUUAUUUAUUUUUUACAUUUUCGGAUCUUUUUUCUUUAAUACAGAAGUUAAAUGUAUAGUUGUAGACUAACAUAGCCUACUGCACAAGAUCUGUGAUAGAAUUGAUGACAAAAUAAAGAUCUCUCUCUCUCUCUCUCUCUCGGAAUGGAAUGUAUUACACAGAAGCAUUUCUUUACCUCAAAGAAGUAUUACACAGAAGCAUCUCUUUCCCUCAAUUUUUAAAAUAAAUUCUUUGUGAAA